AUGAAGCUCUUGGCAGUAAUAUCCAUCCAUGUCGAUAAAACUGCUCACUUCCUUUCUCGACCCUCUCGAGAUUAUCAAGCUACCAAGCUUUCGGAGAAGUUUCACCGUGUUAUAUUCUGUUGCGCGAUCUACAAGAUGAACUUCACUCUCGUCAACGGCCAGAUCUACACGCCGGGCCUGGCGAUCGUCAAUGCGCCGCAGCCGUAUACGCCGCUGGGGGGUGAGACACUCCACAUCUCCCUCGACGUCUCCGGCAACGGCCAGCUCGCGCUAACACCCGACGACGACGAACCCACCCGCUUCCACGAGAUAACCAUCUUCCUCACAUCGAGCGUGACAGAAAGAAACUUUACAGUCUCGAACGGGACGACUCCUACACUCGUAUCAAUAGAUCUCGACUCCGACUCGGAUUCUAGUUCCAACGGAAGCGUAACGGCAUACACCGGCCCAAUCCUCUCCCUCGAGCCCGGCUCAACGGUAAAACACGUAAACUGGGUGUGGCCGGACUGUUUUGUCGGAGCCGGCGAUAGCGAUAGCGACGAUCAGGGCGCGAGGGGGAACUAUAAUAUCUCGCUGCAUCAGUACUUCCGCUGGAACUCGACAGACUACUACACAGUCUUUGACUUGCCGAUUUCGGUGUCGAAUGGGAUCGACGAAGAUGAUGAGCGGGUGGAGUGCGGAUUACUCGAGAAUGAGUAUCGGCCGGCGCUGAGUGCGGAGAGUGACCAGAGUGAGGACUUGCCUGGGCAGCCGUUUGUGGGUGAAGGGGUUGAAACGACGGUUUUGGAGGGGGUUGAUGGGGAGAAUGGGGGGAGUAGGCUUGGAGUUGGAUGUGGGGUGGGUAAGGUGGUAAGGUGGGCGAUCGUUGGGUUGGUGCUGGGAGCUAUGCUGUAG